AUGAGCCUGUCAGAGGUGCCGAAUGCCUGGGUUGGCAGCGUCGGCCCGGGAGGCUUCGAUCUCCGAAGUGAUACCAUGACAACUCCCACGGCGUCCAUGCUUGCCGCUAUCCAGUCCUGCUCUCUGCUCGACGAUGUCACGCAAGAAGAUCCCACCACCAGUGACCUUGAGGCCCACUGCGCUGCUUUGUGCGGCAAGGAGGCCGGCCUCCUCGUUUUGUCAGGCACCAUGGGUAACCAGCUAGCUAUGAGGUCUUUGCUCACCCAACCGCCUCACGGUGUACUCUGUGAUGCCCGCUGUCACAUUGUAAAAUAUGAGGCUGGAGGUGUCUCAUCCCUAACGGGCGCCAUGCUCAAGCCUGUCUUGCCUAGCAACGGCGUCUACCUUACCCUCGAAGACGUCAAGGCCAACGCCCACCUCGACGAGGACGUGCACACUUGCCCGACUCGUGUGAUCGAGCUCGAGAACACGCUCAACGGCAUGAUCAUGCCGCUCUCGGAGGUGCGCCGCAUCUCCGCCUUUGCGCGCGAGCAUGGGAUCAAGAUGCACUGCGACGGCGCGCGCUUGUGGGAGGCGGUGGCCUCUGGUGCUGGAAGCCUUACCGAGUUUGCCGAGUGCUUUGACACCAUCAGCCUAUGCUUCUCCAAGGGUCUUGGUGCGCCCAUCGGUAGCGUGCUGAUAGGCCCCAAGGACGUGAUCAAGCAUGCCCGGUGGGUAAGAAAGUCGAUUGGCGGUGGACUAAGGCAGUCGGGCGUGGUGGCCGCUGCGGCGAGGGUUGCCGUUGACGAAACGUUUGGCAAGGGCCCCAACGGCGAAGGCGGCAAGUUGAAAGGAGCGCACAUUCUGGCUAAAGAGAUCGAAAGGAUAUGGACGGGCUUGGGCGGCAAGUUCCUUCAUCCUGUCGACACCAACAUGGUGUGGCUUGAUUUGAACGAUGCGAAGUGCUCGGUGGAGAGGAUGAAUGAGCUCGGUAAAGAGGCCGGGCUGAGGCUAUGGGCACCUCGGUUGGUCAUCAGCUACCAGGCGUAUGAAAACCGUGACUUUGUUCUCCCCAGGCUGGAGAGCAUCUUCAAGACGAUCAUGCAGGAGAAGGCGACAAAGGCUGGGGAAGAGUUCCAGAAGGCUGAAGGAGAGACUUCGCAAUACCGGAGCAAAUAG